AUGGAUUGGAAAAAUCUGCUCAACAGCGGAGCGUUGGAUGUGAACGUGUUGCGCUGUUUUCUGCGCGACAAAAACUUUUGUCCCAGUCCCUACAUUGAGCAUCGGCUCUAUGCACCAUCUGCUUUCGCUUUUUCUUUUCGCAGUAAUGGGCCACGCUCUGGGCUGCCACUGAACAUACACAAUCCGUUGACCCUGUACAAGGGCGGUUUCAGCAAACAGCGCGAGACGGUAUUCAUAGUGCAUGGAUUUAAUGGGACCGCCAUUGACAUGCAUCUACAGUUUCUGAGGGAUGCAUACUUGUCGCGCGAAUUUAAUGUGAUAACUGUCGAUUGGCGACCGCUGACCCGAUACCCCUGCUACCUGCACUCGCUGAUCAAUACGCGUCUGACGGCACAAUGCACGGCUCAGGUGUACUCGUUUCUCACACACUAUGGCGCCUCGCGUGAGAAGAUCACCUGCGUGGGCCAUUCGCUGGGCGCCCACAUCUGCGGCAUGAUAAGCAAUCACUUGACCAAGAAGCAGUAUCGCAUCAUUGGCCUGGAUCCCGCGCGUCCACUAAUCGAGCGCAAGAAGAGCAAUCGAUUUCGCUUGUCCCACGAUGAUGCGAGUGUCAUACAGGUGCUCCAUACCAAUGCCGGCUAUCUGGGCCAAGAAGACAAUACGGGGCAUCUCAACUAUUGUGUAAAUGGUGGCCGCGUGCAACCGUUCUGCAAAGGAAAUCCGAUUAGUAAGAGCACAAGUAUUUAUAUAUUAACUAGCUUCAUUUGGGUUUAUCCAACAGGACGCUAUCGCUGCUCGCAUUUUCUGAGCAUAUGUUACCUGGCCACGGCCACCAUGAAGCACACCAAGUUCAUGGGCGUUCCCUGUCCCAAUGGCUGUGUGAAUCUGUCGGGUCCCAAGCGUCUGCCAGUUAACGGUAAAGUUAAUCCAUUUGAGUUCAUAUCACUGCUGCGAGAGUAUUAUAUAGGAAACGAUGCGCCUGAUAAUGCUCGCGGCUGCAUUUGCAUUGAUGUACCAUAUGCCAAACACUGUCCAUUCACGGAUUAGGAACAAUGGUCCUCAGUGCACGCUAUACCAUCUUGUAGAUACAUGUUUUAAGAAGCUUUAGGCACUAAUUUCAAGCCAAUUGACGGUACCGUUUUUAAGAAAAUUAUUUAAUUGUAAGCCAAACUCAUAUAGUUCAUCCGUAAGGUCUAUCGAGCUGUUAGUUCCGACGCGAACUGAACCACUGUUUGGAUUCAGUGUUGAACAAUUUCAUACAGCAUUGGGCGGGCACAAAAGCAAUUCGAAUUAUAUGU